AUGCAUGUCCCGACUCGACCAAAGAUCUCACUCGAUGUUUCAACUACAGGCAAACCUCAGGCUGAAUCAGUUUUACAGCGAGCAGGAAUACCUAGCACCGUUCAACUUUCAGUGGAUCUGGAUGUUGUGUUUGCUAGUCCAGAAGAACCUGUUGAUGUAUGCGGUAAAGCACAAGUUAUGAAAGAAGUCAGGGCAUUUAAACUUGAUGAAGAUGGGCAUGCAAGCAAGGCAAUGUUAGAGCGAGGAUCUGAAGUCUAUCGCAAUCCUCCAAAAAUAAACUUUGUUCCAAACGAGGGCACUACAUACCAGAUAAUAAUCUUUGACGUCGGCCUUUUAAUGGUCAGAGGAUAUUGGUGUGACGUUAAGAUUGUCAACGGCAUUAUUCAGGGCCAGGCUAAAAUGAAUUAUCGACCACCUGCCAAUCCUAUUCCUGUGGUCAAUCCAAUUUUGAUCAUUUUACUAAGAGAUAAAGAGUGCUUCCGUAUUGGUGUGUGUAAGAAUCGAGGGUCAUCACGUGAUGAGGCAAACGACUGCAGACAAACGUUAGUCACACGUUUUGGUGACGGAAAAGAUAUAGAAGGACUGCAAGUGUUUUAUACCAAUGGCGCAUCCCUGUUUGAGAAGUACAUGGCGUGUACUGAAGGCUACAUCUGUGACAGUCUUUGUAUUGACAAGUUCAAAGAAUAUGCUGUAAAUAAAAAGCCAAGCAUCACGUUUGCUGAUUUGGAUUUGAGUCAUCUGGACAUGUACGUCAACGUGUUCAUCGACAGCGAAUUUAUUAGCGAAAUUUCCUACAGUUGUUCUCGAUGUGCAUUUUCAUCCGAAAGACGCUAUUCAAAAACAUCUGGAUUUCGUGCCAGGCCUGGGGAUGAUUUAAAAAUUAGCAGCCCAGAAAAACUGUGUGGGGACCUAUGUCACAACCACAGAAAAAUUGAAAUAUCCAGCACCAAGGAGAACAUAAUGGGGGACAGCAGCUAUUAUUCCUUUUAUUCUAUCGUAACUAGUAAAGAGAGCCAGGUGCAAAUUGUAUGGAGGAAACCAAAUAUGAGACUUCCAGUGUCGUACACCAAGUAUAGGAUUGGUGAAUUUGAGAACUAUAAAGCAAAUGGAAAUAGUACCCGGCACAUGUUCCUGCUUCUGUUUUCACACACAAAUCAAUUGAAUGGGGAUCUAUCAGUGAGUACUUCUGGCCUUGUGGAUAUCCCUGAAGUUUUCAAACUACGAGCGAUCAGUUGGCUGCUUUUUGAGCACCAAUACUUUACACCAUUUGAAUCUGAUUGUACCGACCCAAGUCGAUCGUGUCCACCCAAUGAGCCGUUUCAACGGAAUGAUCGCACCUACAACUUUACGUUUAGCGAAAGCGCAGUGGAGGCGAUUGGUGAUACUAAACCGCCAACAUAUUGUUUUCAAAAUGACUUACCAAUUCCACCGCCACCACCACCACCUCCACCACCAACACACGCACCACAGCAACCCCACGCACCACAGCCACCGACUAAUAAGUCCGUCAUGAAUUCAUGCAGCUUUCGUUGCGUGAUUUGGUUGUUGGUGUACCUGAUGUGUUGACGCUGUAUGCUCUUAUAACUGGUGGUUCUCUUUUUGAAUACACACGCACACGUUAACAUCUUUAAAUAAAGAAAUACAAUAAGAAAUACAAUAUACAUACAUUAACAUAAUUUUUUUUCAAUUAAUUUAAAGUUGUUAAUCCAAAAAUAUUUUUUCUAUUACUAAUUGAAAGUAUGUUACACAAAUACAGAAAUGUGACAAUUCUUGAACGUCAAAACUAAUACACACAAGACCACCCAAACAAAACAUGAUGGUCACAGGAAAUAACGCCCUAAUGAACUGUUGGAGGAUAUUGACCAAAUGUUCUUUUACGGUGGUCACCUAUUUAAAUUAAACAGACUAUUUAAAAUUAUUGUUUUUUUAAUAGAUAUUUCAGUGCAACAUGUCAAUUGAAGCUGUUAAGAAGAUUAAAAACUGUGCGAGUUGUGUUUUAUUGUUUAAUAGCACAGGUUCCCUAACUUUUUCACGUGUCGACUCCUUUUUAUGUUUCAACUUAAA